AUGAAGCGUUCCUAUCACGCUGAACGAGAACCUGCCAACCGCCCACCCAUCACCAAGGCAGGCCGGCCUCCCGAGCCCUCCUACAGUCCAGGAUCAGAAAAGCCUCAUAGGAGCAAUUCCAGAUCUUCAAGACAUUCAAAUCACUCCAGGCGUCGCUCUGUGGAGAUGUCGGAAGCAGAAAAAACCAUCGACGAUCUUGUGAAAAGACCAUCUUCUCAGGGCGUAUAUCAGCGUCUCAAAAAUAAGUUCUCGUCGUUAACACAGCAACCAUCUAUGAACAAUGCAGUCAAGAACCCUGAGAGUCCUGGGAGAGGAUCUAUCAACUCAAUUCAGAAGUCAGUCGAACUAAACGUACCCAAUGGACCACGAAGUCCCAGGUCCCCCGUUUGGGAACCAAGCCAACUUGCCACUCAACCAAAUGGCACUGCACAUACAUUCCCUGUCGAUGGCCAAGACCCCCAGGACAAUUUCCAGAUAACACCAAGCGUUCAAAGCCCUUCAUCCGAGCUACCAACUGAGAGUCCUGAUGUCAAUAGAGUUUGUACACCAAAGGAUUUUCAAUUCGAACAAUCCGAGGAACUCCAGCCUGCUUCACCAGCUCACCAAACCCAGGUCAUGGCUGCAUCUCGUGAUGAGAACAUCUCUUACGGGCAGAACGAUCUAGCGAUGGCUCUCAAAGAGCAACUGGGGGUUAUCAACGACCUCAUCGCCCAAAAAGAGUCUCUUUCUCAGCAAUUGGAAGCCGAGCGGCAACAGCGCCAGAAAGACCUUGCCUACUGGAGAAACCGCACCAGCGAAGCCGCAAGCAAGAGUGCCAAUCUUGUUCCUGGGAUGCCUCUUAGUCAGCCAGACACCGAGCUCCGCAACGAGUGGCGGAACCUGGCCUUUGACGUGAGGAAUUUUGUGGAUAACCACUUUAAGAACGUGAGCACUAACAAACUUGAGGCUUGGGGGAAAGAGAACGGGGAUUGGCUUCGAAAGAUUACCCCGACCUAUCAACAAGUCGUGGGGGGGAAGCGGUCAGGUCUUGCUAUGGUUGAGGCGGCUGUUUGGCAUGGCCUCUGCAGGGCGGUGUUUGGGGGCGUCAGGGACAAUAGUCCCAUGCUCUGGGCUGGCGCGUAUCAAAGGAGCCUGAGAAUAUUACUUAAUGAACUUCAGCAAGACCAAAGGCAGAAAAAUUCCGAACAGUUUACUCCUCUGUUCCAUCAGUGGGGUGCUCUUACAGCCAAUCUGAUAGAAACACUUCGAACGUCUGAACAUCACUGCCAACGGGUUCAUCCUGUAGUCCAAGAGCUAGAAGAUCUAUUCUUUGCCUGCCGUUCUGCCGGCGUGAUGUACAAAUCCGACACAUAUCGGCGGGACUUGCGGGCACUGGUCACAAAAGCUAUCAGGUUUGACUUCAGCCUGUCUGGUCAAACGACUAAGUAUUUCAUUGGUUGGCCGCUGUCUGGUCGAUCCAAUGUGCCAUUUGAUCAGAACACAAUGCAAGUGUCACAACGAAGUCCCCAGUCAACCAGGAAUACAGGGCGAUAG